CUCUACGUAAAUUGACAAUCUUACCAUAACUUUAAAAAUUCGCUUACCUUCACAUUUUCUUCAUUGAAUUGAACCUCUGUACGGUAACUUUAUCAAUACAAUACAGUGAAACCGACAUUUCCAUUAGGUACCCGUAAAAAGAAAGAUUUCUUUCUUGAGAAAUUUUACAAUACUAUAUAGUAUUGGUGCUAUAAGUUUUUGCUUUUAUGGUACAACUUGAAAUUAUACAUUUAACUUUAUAGUACAAUUUCAACUUAUAUCUAUACAUUUUGUACAAAUUGUUUUAUGGUAAAACUUAAAUUUGUACAUUUAUGUGAUGCUACAACUUCAAGUUGUAUCAUAACAUAAUUAUACCAUAAAGUACCAAUACUUUAUAGCAUAGUAGAAGUGAUCUUUCUUUCAUUUCGUUUCUUUAUUUAGUGCCUCAAACUUCCUCUGCAUAAAAAAAAGCCUCUUCUUCAUUUCUCAUUCUUCUCCUCCCCCUUCUCCAUCGCCGUCGCAAUCUCCAUUGAAAUCCACCCCUGUAAUUUUCCCCCAACCCGCCCCAUUUCUCUACCCAACCCAACCCAAAUCAAUCAUUCAAUCCAUCAGGAAAAAAAAAAGAGAUGAAAUCUCCUCGGCGCCUGUUGCCGGACAGAUCGUGGAUCAUCGCCGUGGUAAUGGCCGGCCUGGUCUUCGCCGGCGUCUUGAUCGGGAGCUUCCUCCGCUCCGGCGGCGAUGACUCCUUCCUCUGCUCCCUCGCGAGCAAGAAGCUGAUUCGCACCACAUCCGAGUACCCCACCACGCCGGCCCAGCUCCAGGCGAUCGUCCACUACGCCACCUCCCGGAUCACGCCGCAGCAGAACAUCGACGAGAUCACCGUAACCCUCGACGUCUUCCGCGGCCGCUCUUUCUCCCCCGCCAAUUUCCUCGUCUUCGGCCUAGGAUUCGAUUCCCUGAUGUGGAGCGCACUGAAUCCCAGGGGGAAGACGAUCUUCCUCGAGGAGGAUCCGUCGUGGGUGGAAAAAGUGCUGAAGGACGCGCCGUCGCUCCACGCGCACACCGUCCGGUACCGCACCCAGCUCAAGGAAGCCGACGAGUUCCUGAAUUCGUACAGGAAGGAGCAGACGUGCUCGCCGGCGAAGGCUUAUCUCGACGGGAACUACGCCUGCCCGCUGGCCCUGACCGGGCUGCCCGACGAGGUCUACGCGACGGAGUGGGACCUGAUCAUGAUCGACGCGCCGCGCGGGUACUUCGCCGAGGCGCCCGGGAGGAUGGGAGCGAUAUUCUCGGCGGCGGUUAUGGCGAGGGCGAGGAAGGGAUCGGGUGUGACGCACGUGUUUCUGCACGAUGUGGAUCGGAAGGUGGAGAAGGCGUUUGCGGAGGAGUUCCUGUGCCGGAAGUACCUGGUGAAGGGCGUCGGACGGUUGUGGCAUUUCGAGAUCCCGCCGGCGUCGAACAUGACCGGCGGACAGGAUGAGAACUCGUGGUUUUGUUAGGAUGCGGAAAGGACGACGACGUCGUUUUGGUCGUUUGCCCUACGGAUUAGAUUUUUUUUUUUUGGGUGUGGGGUUAAUGAAAUUAUAUCUUUAUUAUUAUUAUGUUAUUAAUGCAUGGAUUAUGCCGGGAAUAUAGUUUAGUGGUAGUAAUUAAAGUUUUUUGAUAGGUGGAGGAAAGACACAGGUGAUAGGUCGGAUAUUUAUUAAUAUAAUUAAUAUCUAUUUUCUUACAAUUUUCCAUGUUUUGUGGUUGAGUGUUUUUAUUUUUUAUUUAAAGUAUUCAGAAAAAAUGAGUAAAAGAAAGAAAAUUUGAAUAUACAAUACUUUAUCCUCUAAUAAAUUAUGCUUUUCUUUCCUACAUGUUAAUAUGUUUGUUUUCUCAAGGUUUCCUACAUGUUGGGACAGGUUAUGGUGAUUACUAAGUAGUAAUCACCAUUGUUAUUAAGAGUAAAUUGGGUAUGAAAAAAUAAAUUAUAUUAAUUAAUUUUUUACCAUAAAUUUCAUUUUAGGUAGUUACAAAAAUUUAUUAAUUAUAAUUCUCUCUUUAUCUCAUUUUCGUAAUCUCCAGCCAGAUCCCCUUCCUUAUUUUUCUCAAUCUAUCUGCAAAAAAAAAAAAAAAAAAAAACACGAAAUCACUUCCAAUCCAUUAGACAACCACUACCACUUUGAAAAAUAUCAAUAUCAUUGCAGAAGUAAAUCUAUACCAUUACGCCAAAACUACCAAUAUAAACAAUCAACCAAUAUAAAUAUAUAUCAUUUCACAAAAAAUCAAUACCAUUGCAGAAGAAUAAACAAGAAACCAAUACCAAAACGUUAACAACUACCACUGCAGCCUACACGAAACACUACCACUACCACUUAUUAACAACUAUCAUUGCAGAUUACAACAAUACCAUUACAUGAUAAUCAAUAUGCGAAAAAAGAAUAUCAAUGCGAAAAAACACUACCAUUACGGGAAAACACUACCAAUGCAAAAAAGUACAUACCAAUAAAAAACCAGAAAAAUUUCUUUUUCCCAACCGUCGUUUUUGUCUUGCUGAAGAAGAACAGAAGUAAGGAGAGAGAGAGAGAGAGAGAGAAGUGAAUUGGGUUUUAGAGAGGGGAGAUCUCCUGCGGAGAUCACCUUGGAGUAACCGCUGGGCAUUUCUUGGAUCAAGACCCUGGAGGGCCUUCUCCGGCACCGGUCCCCCACCGGACUCGACCGUAGAUCGUCCAAGGAAACGUCGACCACCGCCCACGUCCCGUCGGGUGCUGCUUACAGUAUCUGGCGAAGUAGCUCUCACGGGUUGGGACCAGUGGAGUUGGGAGUUGGAAUUCAGCCGUCUCCCGCAGAGGAAGAAUGGAUGGAAAGAGAGAGAGAGAGAGAGAGAGAGAGAGAGGAUCGGGAGGAAUGGCCGGCAAAGGGAGGUGGACGGAGGGAGAGUGGGAUGGAGUGCGGGCAGCGGGCAGUCGGCAGCCGGCGUCGAUGAAGUAGGGUUUGUCUGGAGGAAGGGCAAUGUAGAAUUAGGGUUUGGGUAGAAUAUAUAGAAUAAUCAGGU